GUCUUAUUGACAGGUAGUAUAGUUGGCGGCGCGUGGAAGAACUAUAAUUAUAAACAUGCUUUUUAAUAACUUCGCGAAGUUUACUUGCGAGUUUAUACAGGUCAUGUAAAUUUUAGUUUUGAUUGUACAUCUUAGUGUAUUCAAUGUGUAGAAACAUGCCAGAAGAAUAUAAGUUAAAUCAAAGGACCGAGAGACGCUUUUUAAAACAACCGACCUUGGUCAGGGAAGUGUCAUAUUUACAAAAGUGAAUGUUAAUAGUUUACUCUUUUUUACGUAACUUUUUUUCACUUAUUAUCUGCAAAAAUGUUUAGAAGUCGUAGUUGGUUUGGAUCUGGCUUGUGGAAACCGAAAAAUCCACAUUCUUUGGAACAUUUGAAGUACCUGUACAAUGUGUUGUCCAAGAAUCAGACUGUUUCUGAAAACAACCGUGGGCUUUUAGUAGAAACACUGAGAUCCAUUGCAGAAAUUCUUAUAUGGGGCGACCAGAAUGAUAGCAGUGUGUUUGAUUUCUUUUUGGAGAAAAACAUGCUGUCUUUUUUCUUGAAGAUUAUGAAACAAAAAUGUGGCAGCUAUGUAUGCGUACAGCUUCUACAAACACUAAAUAUUUUGUUUGAAAACAUCCGUAAUGAAACGUCACUCUAUUACCUUCUUAGCAAUAAUCAUGUUAAUUCUAUCAUCGUACAUAAGUUUGAUUUCUCGGAUGAAGAGGUCAUGGCCUAUUACAUUUCCUUCUUGAAGACAUUGUCACUGAAAUUGAAUGCUCAUACCAUUCACUUUUUCUAUAAUGAGCACACGAAUGAUUUCCCGCUGUACACGGAGGCAAUCCAGUUCUUCAACCACCCCGAGAGCAUGGUGCGGAUUGCAGUGCGCACCCUCACCUUGAACGUCUACAGGGUGGAGGACAAGUCCAUGUUGAAGUUCAUUCGGGACAAGACUGCGGCACCGUACUUCUCCAACCUCGUGUGGUUCAUCGGGAACCACAUUCUGGAACUGGACUCGUGUGUCAGAAACGACGCAGACCACCAGAGCCAGAACAGACUGUCAGACCUCGUAGCUGAACACCUUGACCAUCUGCACUACUUGAACGAUAUCUUGUGCCUCGACAUAGCAGACCUCAACGAAGUUCUUACGGACCACUUGCUCAACAAAUUAUUGAUACCGCUUUACGUAUAUUCCUUGACGAAAAGGAGGAGACAUUCCCAACUGGAGGACACGAAGCCGCACGUGAGCAGCGUGGUGUCCCUGUUCCUCUUGUCGCAAGUAUUCCUGAUCAUCACGCACAAGCCGCUGGUGCAGGUGCUGGCCCGCAUCAUCCUCACCAAGGACAUGGACAUCUUCUCCCGGGGCUCGUCCGACACGCUGGCGCUGUACCGGCAGGCAGCGCAGGGAGUCCCUGGGUUCGUGGCCCCGGCAGAGAGCCUGGAGAAACUCCUGGAGAGCAGCACCAGCCGAGCAGAGUCCACGGAUGAGUCGACCCCUCGCGAGCAGACGCCAGAACACACUCCCACCACCAAGUCACAGUGUAGGCAGUUGGCAGAGCCAGGAGCACCUGAUUCAGUUGAAGCACACAAGUCUGAAACUGGAGAGGCUUCGGAACAUUCUAUUAACCAAAACAUCACAGACGAAGAGAAGGAGAAGCUGAUAGCUCAGGAAGUGGGAGCACCGCCUGCGCCAGCGUGCGCCACCGCGCCAGUUGCGCCAGCCACCCCCCCCUUGGCCCCGGUGCAGUCCCUGGCGAGCAGGCCUUUCCUCGAGAUGAUAUUCAACACCCUGCAGUGCUCGGAGAACGACUACGCGGCCCUGUUUGCCCUCUGCCUGCUCUACGCUCUGGGCAACAACAAAGGCGUGAACGAGGAGCUGCUGGACCUGGUGCUGCUGCCCUCGGAGAAGCCGGACACCAUGCACUGGUACAACGUCCUGCUGGUGGAGAAGCUCAUCAAGAUCAUCCUGAGCAGCUGCCAGCCCAAUUCUCGUAUCCGGUUGGUUACCUUGGAGCUGGCUAUCAGGUUAUUGACUCAGCUGGUGAUGAAGAAUGGCAGAAGCUUUCUGCACGACUGUCAUCUGGCGGCCAUCGAGGGAGCCAAGGAGGAGAGCACUUCCCUGCUUAGGAACUUCUACAAGAGCGAAGAGAUCUUCCUGGACAUGUUCGAGGACGAGUACAACGAGAUGAAGAAGCGGCCCCUGAACGUGGAGUUCCUGAUGAUGGACUCGAACAUCCUGCUGCCGCCGACGGGCACCCCCAUGACGGGCAUCGAGUUCGACCGGCGGCUGCCGUGCGGGGAGGUGGAGCGGGCCCGUCGCGCCACCCGGGCGUUCUUCCUGGUGCGCGAGCUGUCGCUGGCGCUGAGGGCGGAGCCCGAGACCCAGCUGCCGCUCACCAGCCCGCAGGCCUGCGUCCAGGUCGACCACGUCUUGGACCUGAAUAACAGUGACUUAAUAGCGUGCACUGUGGUAAACAAAGAUGGUCAGAAGAUCAGACGAUUCCUGGUGAUUGACACGAUUCAGUUGAUCCUCGUGGAACCGGAUACUCGUCGUCUUGGCUGGGGCGUUGCCAAGUUUGUCGGCUUCUUGCAGGACAUAGAAGUGACUGGUGACAAGGAGGAUUCAAGAUGUCUUCACAUAACGGUUCAUAGGCCGUUAUCGUCUUCAAGUCCAUCCAGCCGCACUCUACUGCUGUCCGCCAAGUUUAUAUUUGACGACCACAUACGAUGUAUGGCUGCUAAUCAGAGGCUGACAAAGGGUCGCAUAAAGGCUCGACAGAAAAAGAUGCACAUGAUAGCUAGACUUCUCGACCUUCCCAGCAAUGUUCUGCCGUGUCCGUCACCGCCCAUGUACGGGUUGUGGGCGCUCAGGAACAACGACCCUGCUUCACGGGUGCGUACGAAUCGGGAUGGCAUCCACCACCGCCCUUUGUUCACGGUCAACAAAGUACCAGGAUUCGCAGCUGCCAUGAGGCGAGACAGUCUGCCCCCUCCCGCCCCUGCAACUCCAGCCAAACAUCGUUCUGACUCGCAGGAACGCAUCUCAAGGCCAUCUAGUUCUGGGCCAGGUGGUACAAAGUCGCGUGAGAGUUCACCCAGAUCACCCAAGCUACCUCGCCCGAAAAGUGAGGAAAUACCCUUGGAAGAAAUUAGUGCUAAGCAAAGAAACAGAGCCAGCAAUGGCAGCAUCACCACUCCACCAGCGCCGGUCGAUGGAGCGGCCAAGUUCCCCGCCAAGCGGCCAUCGUUCCCGGCGCCGUACCCCGCAGCCGUGCCGGCCACGGCAUCGACCAGCGGCGCCGACCAGCCGGAGGCAUCGACCGGCGAGGCCCCGGAGGAGCCGGCCGUCGCCCCGCCUGCGUCCGAGGAGACGUCCUUCACGCAGCUGUCCGAGGACAGGCGGUCCAGGCGCAAGGGCAUGGUGGAGACAGUGUGAGACUUCAGUGGAAUUGUCGCUGGUAUUUAUUCCUGGCUACUUUAGGCACGUAUCAUCGUGCUGCAGUAAUUUUGUACGAAUAUGAAUCGUUGCUGCUGUUCGGUCAGGCAGGUGCUGAAGUUUUGCUAUGGAAAAUGUUUUCAGAGGAAGUUGUUUCUUUACAUCAUGUCAAAUUGGGGUUUUAUCAUUUCACGAAUUCGGAGUUUCUAUCAAAAGAUCUAUUCACAGCCCAUUUGCUUUCCAUACUGCAUGUUUUACAACAGUGUGAUUUCAACGCAUUAAUUCUAUUUUUUGAAAACUACUGAUCCUGAAAAGCUCCAAGGAGUUAAUUUUUCAUAUAAUGAGCAUACCAUCCAAUCAUACUUCUGUUUUAAAUUUCUGAUGUACCUCCGAUUGUGAUACUCUCUGCUCAGCUUUAUGUUUUCUUAGUAAACUUAAAAAAAAAACAGUGAAUAAUUGAUAAAUGUUCAGCAUAUUACUAACCAAGUUGUAAAGACCUAUGGUUUUUCAUUUGUUGAGUUUCGAAACAUAUCAUACUGAUUACCACUGGUUAUGUGCUGCAAGCUUGUUAUGUAGGUGUAGAUCAGAUAGUAAGUUGUUUUGAUUCAUAUUCAAGUAGGUCACACAGUAUGUAUUUAGACUGCAGAUUAGACUGUUUGUGUAAAAAAAAUAAUACAUUAUUAACAUCAUAAUAAGUAGUUGGUAUUGUUUACUGGUAGAAAUCGUGUUCAUUUCCUUCUGUGUAUUUUCAUAAUUAUGAUGAGAUUAACAACUUGAUGAUGUUUAUCUGAAUAGCAAACAAGAUUUUUCAAAUUUUUCAUUGAAAAGCUGCUUUAAGAUUUUUCAGUUAAUAAUUUUGAACAAAGGUUCUACAGUUCUCUGUCCACGUGCAUGUAUGCUUAUAGCUUAACAGAAUGUCAGUAUGCACAUGUGCACCCUUAUAAGCUUUAUAUAGGAAUUUGCAUUCUUUUAACAAGAAAGAUUUAAUUUUAUCAGUUUCAUUCAAAAAUCAAAAAUUUUUGCUAUUUCUGUUGUUAGGAACACAUUUAUGUGAAAAUAUCUAGUUCUUAACAUAUUCAUAGAACCUUUUUUUUUUUUAUAAAAUACCGAAUUUGAAACAUUAAAUAUGCAUCUCCAUGGAUAUGAGUAAAAUUUCAUUUUAUUUUAUAAUUUUAAUUUAUUAUGAUUGCAUUUCACAAAAUAAUAUUGCCCCUACCUACAGUAGUAUUCUUUUGUUACAAACAAAAAGAUAAUACUGUCCAAGAUAACAAAAUAAAAGCUUUUUUUUACAUGUUUAUCUUUUUUUUUAUAUAGAAAGAACCAAAAUAUAAUUCGCUAUUUCAUUUAAACUAAGUUGAAAUUUCAUUUUAACAUCAAAAAUUAUCUAAUUACAUUUUGCCUUUUAUAGGCCAGGCUAGGUCAUGCAUCUGAAGUGAAAUAAGUGAAAGCCUUAAAUAGUACAAUUUAUAUUAUAAAAAAAUUAAAAUGUAAACUUUGGAAAUGGAUAAUUUUUGUCGUAGAGAAUUAAUGGUAGUGUGUUUGGUGAUUUCAACAGUAAGGCAGCGAGAGCAUUUAGUGGGUUUUCAUUGUGUGUGGAUUCUGGUUUCCAUUUAUGUUCUGUUUUUGUAGUGUCCUUACACAGAAUGGCCACUCUCCUGGUAAUAUCAAAUCUAUAUUUAUUUAUUUAUUUUUAAAAAAUUUUAAAGUUGUCUCUUUGAACAUUUCAAACUAUUAAAAAGUAUUCAAGUUAAUCAUAGUACAAUAACCAAUUUAUCAUUAAGUAUUUCUCCAAAACAUAAUUAGGUAGUAUAUAUGUAAUGUCUUAGUCACAAACAUAAAAACAUAAUGUUAAAAAUUUAAUUUCAUAGUAAAGCAUAUAACUCAUAUUACUUUUUUUGCUGACUCCCUAAAACUAGAACCAGUGUUAUAGAAGUUAGGUUCUGUGAACUCUUAACCUGUGGUAACUGGUUUGAAUGCAAUCUUGAACACUGCUAAAAGUGUAUUUCUGCAUUGCCACUACACCUCUACUGACUUGUCAACAGUGUGUCGGUCUUGGCCCACUCUCAAUAAAAAGGCACAAUUAGCUGUAAGUCUGGCCCAGAUUUUAGCAAUAAAAGGGGGAGAAAAAAAAUACAAAAAUAACCCCUUCAUAAUCUAGCCCUGUAAGACAUAUUUGAAGAUUUUACCGUACUCUUAAAGUAGUGUUGUGCAUGGCUGUAGGCGCUUACUGUGACUAAGGGCCCGUAGGCAAAUAAUUAUGUUGGGUUGCUCUCCAAUUUUUAAAUGUACAAUUUUACGAACCCCAUAAAAAAAUUAUGUGUAUAAAGACUUAACAUUACAUAGGCAGCACUGUAAACGUGAUCUAGAAAAAUUGCAUUAAUUUGCAAUGAAUUUUAUAAGAAAUAGAACUGUAAUUCUUGUCAUACUAUCAGGGUAAACACAAGCAUAAAAAAUAUUUCGGAACUCAAUCUUCCCCUCCCCGCUUCCCACGACAAUCAUGCUGUGGCUGAAAAAAUAUUCAAUCCUUGAUUGUAAAUGCUCUCUUGAUAUUUAUUUGGUGUCAGGAAUGUUUCAAAACAAUGUUUCACGGAAACGUUGCAUUAAAAUUCGGCCUUGAAAUUAUACUCCCAUUGCGACCAAAGAAGUUUCACUUCAAAAGGCAGCACAAGCAAAAUGAAACUCUGCUAGGUGUGUGUUAUUGGCGAUCCCAUCUGUCACACAUUUGCUGAGGGCAAGUGAGUACACAAUAGGGGUUCCAAAGUGGCAUAAGUGAUGCCAUUUGUAGGCAGAGCAAGUAGUUUUACAACCAAGUUGUUUUGAUCUUGCUGGACAAACAGAUAAUUCACGGUGGCUUUUAAAAAUUCAAAAGUUAUCCGUUGCCAAAAUAAAAGGCACAGCUCAUUCAUACAGUUUUUUGGUAUUGCCAGUUGGGUGGUCACCCUGUCACAUCGUCGUGUUUAACCUCUUAUUUAUUGAUAUUUUAUUCUAUUGUGCAACUACAGAUACAUUCUGAUGCAAGUGUUGUACUUGUUAAGAAAGUAGUUAGGAGUGUCACACUAUGGCAAUAGUCUCUUAAGUACAAUUUUUUCUCUCUUGUAUAAGUUACAAGGGAAAAGUAUGUGAUGAAUUUGUGUGCUUAUAGUAAAAUGGCUCAUCUUAAUUAUACAGUUUUUUUUAUUUACAGUUUCACUGAUCUUUUUUUGCAUGCAAUUUAAGGAUUGUGCAAAUAUUUGAUAGUGCAAUUAAUAUUGCAACAUUUGGAAUAUUCAGUUUGAUUCCAAUAAAAAUUUCUGUUAAUAAGUUUUAAUUAUGAAACUUUCUAAUGAAUUUAAGUGCCUCAUGAAUUUUCAUUUGGUUUAUAUGAAAUUACUGAACUAGUUUGGCUGAACUCAAAUAUAAUAAGACUUUGUAUAAUGUUUGUGGUUGUCUUACAUUGAAUCUCUGUUAUAAGAUUAACUCAAAUGUCAAAUGCAUUUGGAUACAAAGCAACCUCAAUUAUUUUAAGACAAAAAAAUAAUAGGAUAUCUUGAAUAUAAGUGAAAAUGCAUGUUUAGUGUGGGUGUAUAUUAAAAUUGAAUAUCCCGCCUGAUAUGUCUUGAGGGUAGUUGGCCAACGUUUUUAAUUAUCUCCAGCUAGAGGUUAUUGUACCAGUAGUGGACAAGCCGCCUAAGUCAGAUUCCAUCUAGCCACGUUUCAUUUAUUGUGUUCUGUGUUCAAUGUUUUGCUCAUCUAGAGGAAUGAUGCUGAUAUUUUUUCUUGGUGUACAGAACAUAACUCAUAAUGAAUUAAAAAUUGAUUUCAAAAAGUUGUCAAUCUAACAUGUACAGUAAUAUUUAAGUAUUUUCAAAUUUAAGAAAUUUUAAUAUUAUUUAUUUGAAAAAGGUUCAGCAUAAAUAACAAUGAUAAUUACUUUACAAUUUUAAAUAAAUUUUUUGUACGAGUGUUUGAUCAGUUAAAAGUAUGAAAUAUGUAUUCUGUUUUUUAAGUAACAUGAACUGUGUUGACCAAGUUACUGAAACCAUAUUGUUUAAUCUGCAGGCACAUCUCACAUGGAGUACGAAUUCCAAAUUGAAAUAGUACAAGUGUAUAACAUUCCAAAUUGAAAUAGUACAAGUGUAUAACUUAAGCACAGCUCUGAGUAGGUCAGACCAAACUAACUAUGCAUGUAUACUUAGCAUUUUAAACAUACAAGAAAUUAAGUUAUUUUACGGCUGGCUGGCAAAAUUUUGUGGUAUUGAAAUGGUUCUGUCAAACUGUCAUUGGAAAAGAAUUUUACUAAUACAUAAUGUUUCCCCUGUUAUUAUUGUAUGGUCCCCAUUGACCCACUUCCCCUUUAGAAUAAAAUAAGAGUGAUUAAGGAAAAUA